AGCUUGAAGCUUUCGUUACAAUGGCUGCCGCUUCACCGCCGCAACAGCAGGAACAGCCCUCCCUCGCGAAGCAGAAGAAGAAGCAAAAGAGAAAGCGAACAAACAGUGACCCAGAACUCGACCGACUCGACUCACUCCGUUGGAACACUUCUCUCCCUGAUAAUCAAGACGAGACAUUCUCUCUUUUCUUUGGUUCCGGCGAGCUCGAUGGAGGUUGUAAGGAAGGAACUGGGAAGUCAUGGGCUAAUGCGGUUGCUUGAUUGCUUUCAGUUUAGUUCAUAGGCGUUUUCUGUUGCUGAGGUUCAAAAUUUCUGUUUUCUCAUUCUGAAAAUAUUGAAUUUUUACUAAAUUAAUGCCCUUUUUGCUCAAAGAUAUCAGCUUCUUCUUUUUUCUUUUUUCUUUUUUUCACUUAAAAAUCAUGAAUUGGGAGGACACAGAGGUUUAUAAGGUUUUAGCUUUGAGAGUUUGAUUUGUGUUCUCUGCUGCUGUUGUUCAGGAGAUACUAAUUCUCUAAGCCUAUUUGUUAGUUGAGAAAUUUAAUGUGCCCAAAUAUGCUUGUUGGAACUCCUCAAUCCAACAUGGGGUUGAUUGAUAUGAUUGUAAAAAUGUGGAAGUAGAUUUGAAUACACCUCAAUCCUUUGUGGGAUGUUAACCAUUGUUGUUCCUAAAAUAUGUGCCUUGGCUUACAUAGAAUAUUCUGUUUUGCUUUGUGGAGAACUAAUACAAAUAUUGUCAAGAU